UUGAUUUCGCCGAUCAGCCACCAACGCCACAACCACCAUUUUCUUCCGGUGUAUCAGUUGUUUCUCUGCUUUAACAUUAAGAAUAAAACUUGUUCAUAAUACCUAUUCGAACAGAAAAUAUAUUCAUCUAGUCACUUUUCUUUCACCUAUAAAUAUGAGUGAAACUAAGAAAUGCAUUAGCACACUGGAUAUGGAAAAAAUCUCCGCUAUUUUAUUAGACGUUGCCGGUACAACAACGGCCAUCUCCUUCGUUAAGGAAACACUAUACCCCUACAUCAUAAAAAAUGCUGAGGAAUUCUUGAAGAAUAGUUGGGAAACUGAGGAAGUCAAAAAGAGUAUUGAACAAUUCGAGGAGAAAGAUCUAGAUGUCACUAAAGCAGCUGAAGUUGUUAAGAAUUUAACUGAAAAAGAUGAUUCGAACAAGGGUCUGAAAACAAUUCAGGGACUCCUAUUGAAGAAGGGAUAUGACAGUGGAGAAUUGAAAGGACAUAUUUUUGAUGAUGUGCCUAAAUUCUUUGAUUCCUGGUCUGCAACCAAGAAGUUUGCACUAUUCUCAUCUGGAAGUGUUGAAUCACAACAACUUUUAUUCAAGAACACUUCAGAAGGGGAUCUCACUUCACAUAUCAAAAAGUUCUUCGACCUUGCACUGGGUUCCAAAACUGAUUCUGAAACUUAUAAAAAGAUAGCAAAGGAGUUGGAAGUUGCUCCUGUAGAUAUUUUGUUUUUAACUGAUGAUGUUAAAGAGGCAGAGGCUGCUAAGUCAGCUGAUGUGAAUGUUGUCCUUGUUGAACGUGAGGGCAAUGCUCCAAUCUCGGAAGAGUCACGAACUAACUUUACUGUUGUGAGUUCGUUUGCUGAAGUUUCCGCUGAAAAAAUGAAGAGGAAAAUCGUUGAAGUUGAAGCUUCAGUUGAGGAGCCUCCAUCUAAAAUGGCCAAAAUUGAGGUGGACGAAACCAGUGUUGAAAGUGCUAAGAAAGAUGAGGAGAAGGUUGAAGAAAAAAAAGAGACAGAAGUGGAGGCCAUGGAGGUUGAUCAAGAGUCAGAAAAAGUCGAACAAGAAGUCGUUUCUGAAGAAGUGAAGUCUGAAACUACAAAAACUGCAGGAGAAGAAAAGAAAGCAACAGAAACAAUUGAACCAGCACAAAAAGAAACUAAAGCUGAAGAAAAAUCUGAAGCCAUGGAAGUUGAUUCUACUGAAACUGUUCCAAAACCAAAUGACACUGAAGCUGACAAAACGAAGGAACAGAAGAAAAGCACAGAAGAAUCGACAAACAAGACAGAAAUCGAAAUAGGCACACAAACAAAGAGUGCGGUAACUAAUGAGUGCGAAACUCAAACUACAAUAUCCUUAGCCGCGGUUGAGGAAUUACCAAUUAAAAAAGUUGAAGAUAUACUGAAGUCAACUGAACAAGGCGCUACAGAAGAGAAAGAGGACAAGAAAGACGAGAAAAAGUCAGAAGAAGAGGAAAAAAGUGCGAAAGAAGAUUUGAAACAAGAUGAAACAGUGAAGAUUGAGGAAACAGACAAAACUGAAGAAGCUAAAGAGGAUGGCAAGGUAGUAAAAGAUGAUAAGGAAGAAGCUAAGGAAAGUAACAAAUCAGUAGAAAAAGAAGAUGUCAAAGAUGAAAAAAUCGAAGAUGAUAAGAAUGAUGUUAAAGAAGAUAACAAAGAAGUGAAAGAACAUAGCAAGGAAGCAAAAGAAGACAUCAAAGACAAUACAGAAGUGAAAGAAGACAGUCCAGCAGUAAAAGAAGACUGCAAAGAAGUUAAAGAAUCCAAAAGCGAAAAUGGCGAAGUUAAGCAAAAUGGUGAUUCAGUUGAAGUAGAAAAAAGUAAAGAAAAAGAAACUACUGAUGAAGAGAAGAAAGAAAGUGUUGACACUAAUGGUACUCAAGAAAACGCCGUUUCUGAAACUCAGGCAAAUGGUGUUGAAAAUGAUAAAACUGAGACAGGAAAAGAAAAUGAAAGUAAGCUUGCAAAUGGCAAAGAAAGUGAGGUUCCUAAUGGAGAAACUAGCGAGCCAACAAAUGGUGUAAUAGAGCAGAAUGAAGAAGAAAUAAAAGUAAAAAAAAUUGGGGACAGUGUGGAGAGUGCACCAGUUAGUGUUGAAGCUUAAAUAUCAACUGAUAUCAAUGAAACAUGUGUUUUAGAGUUUUCCAAUUAUUAUUUAUUUCUAUCUGUUUAAAUCGCUUAUGGUAGUUUCGUUAAUACUUGUUUUUUUACACUCGUUUAUUUUUCAAGUUCUUAAAAAAAAAUCAGUUGUCCUUGUGUUUCUUCGAUCAAUUGUUAUUUCAAUUAUGCCUGAUUGCUCUAAGUGCCAAAUUUUGUUCGAUUUAUAAAUUCAAGACUGUAAUUUGUGGAGACUGUAUUUUGUGAAUUAUCUUAAGUGUAUGACCACUUUAGCAGUAUUAAAAAUCAAUUUUUUGGAAUUUGGGGGGAUUACAAGUUCAACCUAUGUUCCAUUUUAAUAGAGAGAAAUUCACACUUGAUGUUUAUUUCGCUGACUGAUGUGAAAAUAAGGCUGUUCAUUUUUUAUAUUCCUACUUUUUAAAACCAGAAUUUGUAUUCCUCCCUAUUGUGAGACUAAGCAUUUUUAAUUGUUAACUCUUGUAUGUGAUAAAUUUGAUCAGUCCACAAAUACUAUUCAUCUGAAUCGUGAGAAGUGUUCCUGUAAAUAUAUCUGAAAUGAAAGCAUUCCUUAUUUCUUCGUGAAUCUCGAUGUUCAAGGAGGAGUUCCUUCUGUUCAACAGUUAUAAUACUCAUUAGAAUUUAUGCUCUCUUUGUUUCAUAUGAACGUUUUGUAUACGUCUAUUAUUUAUAAUACAUUUUGUAGCACUACAUGUAAA